AAUGAAAGCUUUCCUUUUAGUAUGCCUCAUCGCCACAUCAAUGAUGGUUAAUGCAAUUGAAAUCCCUUAAGCUUAAGUUUUAAGUGGAUAAUCAGAUUCCCCUAAUUUCCUUCACCUUAAAGCUUGUGCUUCUUGUUGUAAUGGAGUAUGCUGUUUGUCAGCUGCUAAUUGUGUCAAAGGAGUUUGUAAUAAUGUCGUAGCACCUACCUGUGUGCAAGGAUGAU